ACAAGUUUGUGACAGACGCGACCUGACUUUAGCAACUGACUGUAGUGAUUUCAGAUCUCUUUUACUACACUGGAAGGAGCCUGUACACUGCUUGUUCUUUUAUUGUUAGGGCAAUGAUUUAAUAUGAUCCACACUUAUUCUCUCAAUGGAAACACAGGCAGACGCAGACAUGGCACACGGAGGGAUCCCAAAGGAGGAAGGCAAAGAGUCCAACGAGAUCACAGAAACGGAGAAACAGUUCCUCAAAGACCUCUACGUUUUCAUGAAGAAGAGAGAUACACCCAUAGAGAGGAUCCCAAAUCUGGGCUUCAAGCAAAUUGACCUAUUCUUGAUGUUCAAGACUGUUGGAGACUUGGGCGGCUAUCAUCAAGUGACUGCUCAGCAGCUGUGGAAGCAAGUGUACAACGCUCUUGGAGGAAAUCCUCGGAGCACAAGUGCAGCCACCUGCACCCGCAGACACUAUGAGAAGCUGCUUCUGCCAUACGAAUGUCACAUAAAAGGCAUAUCGAUGAAAAUCUUGCCUCACCAUCAGCCAAAGCACUAUGCCAACUACAGCAAAGAUGAUGAAGAUGGACAAAGGCCAGCUAAACGUAAACUGUUAUCAAUACCUCUGCAUCAGAACCUGCAUACCCUUGGAUCAGACCGACAUGGAAAUGCCUUCCCUCUGCCGCUCCACUACUCUCACUACUAUCACCCAAGCCCUGCAGUUCUCCCUGUAUCUCCUCCCUAUGUCCCUAUCGCUUCCUCAGUGUUAACACCACACAGCCCCGCUGCCCCCCAGAUGCAGUUUUCUUUCGAUCCAUACCGAACAGAGAGGGUUAAGGAGCCACUGGAGCACUUGCGGUACCUGGCAGAACGGUACAAGACUUCGUCUGGAUUGACUGAGCCUCUCAACCUCAGUGUUAAAGCGUCAAGACGGGAAUCCAUCAGCAACCCUGCCUCAUCGUUUGCCCCACCUUCAUCCAGCAAAAACCCAAAGUUUUUGAAUAAACCGUCCCCUCUGUAUGCUGCUCGUUGCCCACAAGUGGUGAAGAAUGACGGACAUGAGACACAAGAUGGUGAGACAUGUUUAGCUGACAAACCAAAUUCAUAUUCUGUGAAGGCCAGGGAGGCAUAUGCCUUUGAUGCCAAAGCUAUGACAGCCUCAAGCAGCCCCACAUACGAUUUUGCUUCGGCACUUGGAAUAGAUAAAAGUGCCACCACAAGGGCCCAAAAUCCCAGCUCUCCAAAAACAGACUUCACAGUGCAGCCAAGAGGAGAGAGAAGUGGGGGUCCAGAAGUAAAGGAGCUCAAUCUCAGCCAAAUACUGCCCGGUAUCCCUCGAGAGAAUGAGAGGGGCGAAAUGGAAAUUGAGUUACCACUGUCUGUGUUUCAUAACUGGCUAAGGCUGUGUAGGUCUUCAGCUACAGCGCGUGGGGACAAGGAGCUAUCGUCUCUUCUGACUCUGGAAGAACACUCAGGACAAAGGAAUUGUUCUGACACAGAUGUCCUCCAUACCAACCUGACAUUUCGCAUGAAUCCCCAACACCUGAGCUCAGUCGCAGAGGAUCUAAGGCUGAGGCAGAGGAAUUUGUUAAGCCCCACAUCAAGCAUCCAGACAAGCGGCUAUCACUGCAGUACUAGCCAGUAUCCUUUCACCAGCUGCAAGCCUUUGCCUCCGGGUGGUAUUCUAAAAAAUGCAGGAAGCCAGGAUGUCUGUCUGUUUGAUCAGCAGGAUGUAAAUAAGUCUUACACCUCCAAACCCUCAAAUAGCUGGGGUGCAUAUGAGCAAGAGACACCCAUAAAAGUGAAAACUGACUCUAAUCCCCGCACAGUUCAGCAGAACUUUGCAGCCGCUAAAGAAGAGACAGUCCAGGGAGGGAAGGAGGACUCAGAGACGGAUCCCUCAGCUGUGCUAAUGAUGAACUCCAGCUCCACUCCUCUGCUGCACCUCACCACUGAGGAGGUGAUAAAGCUGAAGAAAAUCAUCUCAAGCUCAUUGUGAAGAUCAGUUCAGUUAAUUACACUCAGACUCCAACACCCCAUUAAGGCUGUAUAUAAUUAAAAUAUAUAUUUUUAUAUUGUAUUUUUUUAACAUGAUAAUUUUAAUGGAUAAUAAUUCAUUCAUAUCAGGAGUAUAGCUUGAUUUAAUGACAAUGUGCUCCGCUGACUGUUGUAGGUUUUUCUGUACAGUAAUAUUACUUGUAUAAUACAUGUAAUACAAUUCACCUAAUUAUAAUGUACAUCCAAAUAAACUGAAUCCAUUCAAAAAGUUAA